CUUUUGUCUGAAUUAUUUGUUUACAUCUGAUGGCUGACUCAACAAACCACAACUUAUUCUACAACUUUUCCUUAUAAGAUCAUUAAUAACCUUCCUAGUGUCUUUCUGACCUAAUUGACGUACGGAGGAGUCAUUAGUGAUUAAUUAAGGUAUGGAAUUAAGACCCCAGAGAUCGUCACCAGCAUGGAGGAAGGUGUCGAGACAACCAAGACAGAUUUUCUCGACGUCUCGCGGUUCCUCAGUGUUUACAUGUUAGAAGAUGACGGACUGGAGAGCGAGCCUCCCGAGAACUCCAAGUUGGUCGAUCCGCUGGAUAUUCCCGACGACGUCAAUAUUAACAACAAGAAAGACAGUUGCAGUUUGUCACUGGCCGAUAAUCAAUGUCCGUACUGCCGUAAGACGAUGGCCCGCAACAAGAUAAGGGUCCACCUCCGCACACACACGGGCGAGAAACCGUACGCGUGCGACGUGUGCCACAAACGCUUCUCUCGCUCGGAUAAGUUGACCGUCCACAAACGUCUACACACGGGAGAAAAACCUUACGUGUGUUUCUGCAGCAAGAGGUUCAUGCGCGUCGACUACCUCAAGAUGCACGCCAUGACUCACAACAUCGGGUCGGACCAGAGGAAGUCGCUGCUACAGGUCGCCAGGAAGCAGGACCUGGCGAAGAGAGGUCUGCCGGACGCCACGGCAGCGUACGAAUGUUCGUACUGCGGGAAGAAGUUCAGCAAGAGCUACAAGUAUCACCGUCACCAGACGGUUCACACGGGAGCCAAACCCAACGUCUGCUUCUGCGGCGCCCGGUACUCUCGCCCGGAGAGAUUACGUCAACACCAGGCCGACAAACACCGCUCCGCAGACGACGGCGGCCCCCGACGGGAGACCCCCGAACCCGCUCCCGGACCGACGACCGCGGACGCCGCCGAGACAGAGGGCGUCGCCGCGACGACCAUCACCGUAGAGGAAGGCAGCGCGGUCGCCGUGGAGACGGAGGGCGUCGUCGUCCACGGUGAUAAACCCUCCAGAAGUAAAGGAAUCCCCCGAGGCAGCGGCGGCCACACGUGCCAGUACUGCAGCAAGACCUUCAAGAAGAGGAACAAACUGAUGAUCCACCUGAGGAGCCACACGGGGGAGAAGCCCCACCAGUGUGAGUCCUGCGGGAAGGCCUUUGCCCGCAGAGACCACAUGCUCAAGCACGUCGGCGUACACCUCAGGCACAGGAGACGCUCGUACCACGUCAAGGACGACGUCAAGGAGGAGGCCGUCGAAGAUCUCCUCCGGGACGUAAAGAUAGAGGAGGAGGAGGAGGAGAAGGUGUUCCCCUGUGAGGUGUGCGGCCACGUCUUCAAGAAGGCGUACAACCUUCACACCCACAUGGGGACACACAGCCAGAGGACGUUUUACGACUGUGGCAUCUGUCAGAAACAGUUUAAGGUCAAGAAGAACUACGAGGCCCACCUCCUCAACCACGAGACGGCCGACGACACCGACCUGGAGAAGGCCAGAGUACAGCGGGCGCGGUGCAUGGUGUGCGGCAAGUGGUUCGUCUCCCAGAGCAGCCUGGAGACGCACGUCCGCACGCACACCGGGGAACGACCCUUUAAGUGCCAACACUGCGACAACGCGUUCAUCCGUAAGGCGGACAUGUUACGUCACACCAAAUCCCACACGGGAGAAAAACCUCACCGGUGCGAUUACUGUUUCAGAACGUUUAUACGCAAGGACAAACUUAUGUUCCACAUCAAGAAACACAAAGACGGAGGAGAUGUACUUCUGUUCUGUCCUAGCUCAGACGCGUAGUUUAUGCCGUCGACCCCCCUAGACCGCCCAAACGCUUCAUGUAUGUGGACAUAACUUCUCUCAACGUUCCAUCAAAUUUGUGUCUAGUUUCAGCAUCGGAUUACACUCGAUCAGUCAUUUGUACGCAGCAACAGAUUACACUCGAUCAGUCAUUUGUACGCAGCAACAGAUUACACUCGAUCAGUCAUUUGUACGCAGCAACAGAUUACACUCGAUCGGAUCAUUUGUGUCCCCGAACGUUUGUAAAGAGAGAAGUUACCUGUAGUUACUGUACCAACCAAUGGCCUGUGUAGUAUUGACUUAACUAUACAGGGUGUGUCAAUAGUCCUGCAACAUAUGUACAGGGUGUGUCAGAGGUUUAACACACAUUUAUUGUAAAUACAGUGAUUGUUUUUGUCUUGUGAUGGGUAACUGAAGUGAACACAUACAUACAUACAUACACCUUUAUCUACACACACACACACACACACACAUCAAAAAUCACCUAAAGUUUAAGAAUAUAUUUAUUUCCUCUCUAGUCUUAUCGUUCUUCUGUUUACUAUAAAGUUAUAUUAAAAUAAACAAAUAAAUCAAGUUUCUUUUGGUGUUUUUGUUAAUGAUAAAGUUAUGUGGUUUUUAAUUGUUUUAUAUAACAAAGAAAUUUUUUUUAAAGAUACAGUGAUAUUGUCCGUAUGUUUGUAUGAUAAAGUAAUAUGAAAAACAAGGAUAAAAAACUGUAUUUGUUUGUGUUUUUGUUACAGAUAAAACGAUAUUAAAACACAGCCGAGGGCCUCCUAUCAAAAUCAAAACACGUUAUAAACAAACGGAGAGAAAAACACAAUUAAAACGCAAAUAUUCCCAUGACCCUAAAGUAACGAUUAAUCCUAUAUUACCCGGAGAAAAAAAAAUGGAGUACAGUUAUUAUUAUUUUAGUUCGAUUUCAAAGUCUUCGUUAGCCCCCCCCCAUCACCCCCCACCCCAGUGUGAGAUACCAAAGAUUAUUAUAGAUUAUCGUGGAUUUUUAGCUUUUAUAUUUUUCUGGUGUGAUAAAUUCUACGUUAUUUUGUUAAUGUCCGAGGUGUUUUAAUUUUUAAUGUGACAUGAGCGAAUAUUUUGUUUUACGGGACGUUAUUUAUGUUAUGAUAUGUUAGUAUUUUGUUCAAGUCGGAUCCUUGAUAUAAUGGACUUUCAUCUCGAUAUAGUUCAUUAAAUAGAGGUUUAACAUCUAACAGACCCUUGAUAUAAUGGACUUUCAUCUCUAUAUAGUUCACUACAUAGAGGUUUUACAUCAUACAGACCCUCGAUAUAAUGGACUUUCAUCUCUAAAUAGUCCAUUACAAAGAGGUUUCGUUGACGUCAUAAACAUUCCAUGAACAUUAUGCAUCGCCACAGAUGUUAGUCUACAUCUGUCUGCCAUCACCUGCCAUACAGAUCCUGCCAUACAGAUCUUGCCAUACAGGUCAAAAUUGUAUAAAUAACAUCAAAUACAUUAAUACAUUGUUAUAAACAUAUUUUUUCAAAGUAUAUGUAUAAAUUUUAUUUCAAUGUGAUUGUUUCUGUAACGUUUGAUGUAUUCAGACGAUAAAUACCCAAUAAUUAAAUACAUUUAUCAGCGCA